AGCUGAAUUGAUUGCAUCCAAACCCGGGAAUCAAACCAGGUCUGCGGCGUGACAGCGCGAAGUGCUAACACUUAGCCACUGGGCUUCAGUUGUUAUCGAAGUAUCAAUAUUAUUCUUGAUACCAUGUCCCGUUUCAUUACAAGCACCGUCCUAGCGAUGAUGGUUCUCAUGCCAUUUACAUCAGCGAAAAAACGACCAUUCUAUAUCAUUGGCCACAUGGUGAACAGCAUCGAGGAGGUGACGCAUUAUUUGGAUCUUGGUGCGAAUGCCAUCGAAGCAGACAUCCAGUUCCACCCAAACGGAUCCGUCAAAGAAGUCAACCACGGAUUCCCCUGCGACUGCUUCAGAACUUGCACCAGAAGUGCGAAUGUGGGAGAUUAUCUAAAAUAUAUACGACACAUCACAGAUCCAUCACUACCGGGGAACUAUGCAACCCGGAUGGUCUUGCAGUUCUUGGAUCUCAAAAUGAACACUUCUAAUAAUCCACGGAUAUCCGGGAGAGAUAUCGCCAGACAUGUUUUAGACUAUCUUUGGAGCAAAGAUGGAAGUCGAGAACAUGAGGUCAAACUUUUGCUCUACAUCGACUCUACGAAAUAUCGGGACGCUUUUGCUGGCUUUCUUGAAGAAUUCAAAAACAGAAGAGAGGAGGCCCGAUUGACAGAUGUGGGAUUCGAUGGCGGUACAGGACAUUUCUAUGAUAUUCGGCGAAUGUUUGCCAGCCUGAAAGUCAAAGGCAACAUUUGGCAGGGAGACGGGAUAGCAAAUUGUGUUAGUCCACUGUAUUCUACUCGUCGACUUCGGAAUGCCCUCUCCAUCCGUGAUUCUAAAAGCAGCUUCAUUAGCAAAGUCUAUCACUGGAAUAUUGAUCUCAAGUUGCAGAUGAAAAAUUCCUUGAAUUUGACUGUUGAUGGAAUGAUCACCAACGUUCCUAAAAGCCUGCGUGAAGUCCUAGAGGAACCGUAUUACAAGAAUAAAUAUAGGUUAGGUUCUCUGGACGAUGAUCCAUUUGCACGUUUCAAUGAAAAAUAAUGAUUUAGAUCACUGAUGGUGCAAUAUGAGGUUUAAUUUUAACUAUGGUUACAAAUCCUGAAAGUACAACUUUAUGUUCAGUUGCACAAUAGUAAGAGUUAUGUUCUAGAAUUCCUUGCCGAUAGAUUAACCAAUAUCUUUGGACGUUAGCGUGAGAGCCAUGGUAAGACGAAAUAUUCUUGAGCAAUAGCUUUUGGGAACAAUCUCAAUCGAAUUGCUAGUUGUAGUUAAUUUGCUUCUAAAAAUUGAAAUAGAUUUUACAAAAGUGUUUAAAGAAUGGAUGAAAAGGGACAAGUGUCUAAUCAGGAACGAGACCAGGGGGAGUGGAUUUGAAGAUAUGUCCCCCUUCGCCUCCGCCACAGAAAUUUUCGAUAUUUGGCCACAGAAAAGAACUAUAACUAACCAUAUCUUUCUUCGAAACUCAGCCACAUCCCCCCCCCCAAAAAAAUGGCUGUGAUACUAGGUUUAAUUGUUUAAUGCUUCACAUAUUUCAUUAUGAAAUUUUAUUGUUGCCGAAGUUCAAUGUCUUAACUAAAUAUAAGAAGAAAGUUGUUGGUUUUCUGCAAUACCGUUUGGAAUAGAAAUAUGAAUCAACAUUCGCGUUUUUUCUAUACCAAACGAUUGUGACAACAAAGAAUUUUUCUAUUUUCCGGAAAGCAGGUUUACUAUUCUUACUCUAUGUCUGCA